AUGGUGCAAGAACAGGGCGGUGUCAUCACUGGGAUGAAUCCCAGCCAUUACAAUGCCAGCGAUCCAAUUGUAAUAUUCAUCAUCCAGGUCAUUCUUAUUGUCGCUGUCACCCGUUGUCUUGAUCUAGUAUUGUCAAAACUGCUACAGCCGCGUGUGAUUUCUGAAGUCCUUGGUGGUAUCAUACUUGGCCCAUCUGUCCUUGGACAUAUUCCCGGAUACACGGACGCAAUAUUCCCCCCGGAAUCUAUCCCCCAACUAACUUUAAUUGCCAAUAUUGGUUUGGUUCUGUAUUUGUUCUUGGUUGGCGUCGAAUUGGACCCCAGAAUGGUAUUGAAGCAGGCAAAACUAUCCAUCAGCAUUUCGGCCGUUGGCAUGGCUUUGCCCUUCGGUCUGGGUGUUGCCGUCAGUUACGGCUUGUAUCAAAUUAAUCAUCCUGGUGUGCCCAUUGCAUUCGGUACCUUUCUGUUAUUUAUGGGAGUUGCUAUUUCAAUCACGGCGUUUCCUGUACUUGCCCGUAUUAUCACUGAACUCAAACUUACCCAAACACGAAUCGGCUCAACUGCUCUUUGCUCUGCCGUCGGUGACGAUAUCACCGCUUGGGUUCUCUUGGCCCUUGUCGUAACAAUCGUCAACGCCUCAAGUUCUCUAACUGCUCUCUACGUCUUUCUUCUUGCUAUCGCAUGGGGUCUUAUUUUGAUCUAUCUCGUGAGGCCAUUGCUAUUGAAGCUUAUUAUUAAAACCAACAGCCAUACAAACGGUCCAACAGUCCCAAUGAUGGCUUUUACUCUUCUCUUGUUCUUUGCAAUCUCCGGUCUCAAGACUCAAAUUGGUUUAUUAAACGAUGGCGCUGCAUGGGGUUAUGUCUUCUUGGUCAUAUUUGUAGCCAUGUUUGGCAAGGUAUCCGGAUGCACUUUAGUAGCUAGAGCGUAUGGUAUCCCAUGGAGAGAGGCAUUAACCGUCGGUGUAUUCAUGAGUUGCAAAGGACUUGUCGAAUUGAUCGUUCUCAAUAUCGGGUUGAAUGCCAAAGUUAUCGAUCCCAAGGUCUUUGCCAUUCUAGUGGUGAUGGCCAUUGUCACUACUUGCAUAACGGCUCCUCUGGCAAUCCUUAUAGGACCGGAUGACCUUAAACUGUACAAGUCACAAAUACCAUACUUUGGGAAAAAAUUAUUGGCCAAGGAUGAUGAGGAAAGCGGCGGUACAUAUAUACCAAGCACUAAGAGCAAGAACAACAUCCUUGUUGUAUUAAACAAAGUGGAAUAUAUAUCACCUAUGAUGUCUUUACUCCGACUCCUCCAACCAACCCAAUCUGAUGUUUCAACACGCGACUCUGCUUCUGUAUCUAGCGACGAGAAAAUUGCGGUUAAACACACUGGCGAUCAGGAAGCGAUAACCGUGCAUGCUCUCCGUCUUAUGGAACUAGGGCAGCGUAUGUCCUCAGUCAUGAAAUCUCACGAAUCCGCUGAAAUCGCUCACCAUGACCCUAUUAUGAAUGUAUUCCGUAUAUUUGGAGAACAAAACAUCUUCAAUGUCGAAUCCACCCUAUCUAUCAGGGCAGUUAACAAAUUCGCUGAACAAGUGUUACAGACUGCCGAGCAAUCGUCAGCUGAACUUAUAAUAAUACCCUGGACUGGGACUGGAUCGAUCGCUUAUGAUAACCCUGAAGACUUUUACCACCCUCGAGAAUAUUCCGAUACUAACCCGCAAGUAGCUCAAUAUGUUCAAGAAGUAUUCAAUGCAACCGAGAACAUAUCCGUAACAGCUUUCAUCGACCGUGGCCUAGGAAUGGUUCCAGGAGGAAUUCCAGUGACGGGAAAAAUAGAAAUCAAGAUUUCCAUGUUUGUACCAUUCGUCGCUGGCGCUGAUGACCGUGAAGCGUUGUCGUUGGUUGCUCGAUUCGUAGAGAGUCCAUAUGUCGAGGCGACUGUUUUAAGAAUAAUCAAAUCAGACGAGCCAACUGAAUACGACUCGCAAUUGGAACCUGUACCUCCGGCAGUUAAGAAAGACGAAAUAAACACACCCCAUAGACCUCCAAUUUCCGCAACGAUCAAUCCAAUGUCAUCUAAUUCGAUCGCUGUGAUUAAUUAUUCCACUGUUGACCGAAUAGAAUCCAAUGCUGCCGACGAAUUGCAUGUUAACAAGUAUUUUGGACCUCGCGGUUCACUUACGAAUAACCCACGCGUCAAGUAUAGCGAAUUGAAGGCGUCUACUCCUAUGCAAACGGCGGUACAGCAUGCUAAAAAUUUGGUUGGAAGAAAAGAUUUGGUUAUCGUUGGACGCGGCCAGCGCAAUGUCUCAUAUAGUCAUCGAGACGAGUGGAUGGAAAUGAUUAGGCACUUGGGAAUUGGUGGUAAUGAUAUACGUAAAAGUCUUGGAGAGAUGGCAGCUUCCAUGCUUAGUGGUGGUAUCCAAGCUAGUGUGCUUGUUGUUCAGGGGAAGAAAGAGAAGCGUAAAUAA